AAUGCUGAAUCAUUAAUCAGAUUUGUGGCAGAAAUUAAAAAAUUACGAAAGUUAUUAGAGAAAAUAGACGCUGAUUUUGAGUUAUUAAUCAAUUGUCUUGACAAUAAGGCACCACUUGGGCCCUUAAUUA